AGACGAAUAGUGUCAUUUUGAAAUCGUUUUCGCGACACAGAAGUACUCUUAUAUGAAGUCAUAAACAUCAGUGAAAAUGAGUAAAACUUGGAAUGUACCUUUUGAGGAUGCCCUCGAUAAAACAGGGUUCGGCCUGUACAGCCUGAUCUACGUGGUGAUGGCGGGGUUCGCGAUCAUAGCGUUCGCGUGCAUCACUUACAGCACCACCUACAUCGUGCCCACCAGCGCGUGCGAGCUCGACACCAACAUCGCCGAGCAGGGCAUCAUCGCUGCUACACCCAUUGUCGGCCUUAUGAUAGGCGCCCCAUUCUGGGGCUACAUAGGAGACACCAGGGGCCGGCGAAGCACGCUCAUCCUGUCUCUCCUCGCAGCGGCGCUCAUCAAUCUUAUCACCAGCAUCUCCGUCAACUGGGUGAUGCUGCUCGCCUUCCAGCUGCUGGCUACAAUCGCAUCAGCAGGCCAGUUCAUGCUGGCGAUGACCCUACUUAGUGAGAAUAUUCCGAUGGCCAAGAGGAAUCUGUCUGUGCUGUUAGUGACCAGCUUAUUUCUGCUCGCCAAUGGCGUCAUGGCAAUGCUAGCCUUAGCAAUCAUACCUCUAUCGUUCUCCUUAUACCUUCCUGCCCUGGGGAUUUACUGGAACUCCUGGAGGACGCUGCAGGCUGUGUACUCCAUACCAAGUAUCAUCAUGGCAAUCUUCUUUUACUUUUUGACUGAGAGCCCCAAGUUCUUCUAUGCUAGAGGCCAAGAAGAGAAGGCAUUGGAAAUUUUAAAGGUCAUUCAUAGAAGAAAUCAGUGGAGGGUGAAGGAAGAAUACCAAGUUAAAAGUCUGCUUAAGGAAGAUAAGAAGGAAAUCGUGAGUCAACGUGCAUCAGCCAAAGACCAGAUCGUGCCGCUGUUCAAAGCGCCUCUACUUAAAUACACGGUGAUCAUGACUACGCUGCUGGUGUUGGAAGGGGUUGGUUCCAUGCAGAUCUGGUUCCCGACGAUCGCGAACCAGUUCAUGCAGAUGAUGGAAGCUGGGGCGCCCAUGAAUAUGACCCUGUGCGCCGUGCUUCGGGCCGGACUCGAAACUGCGCCAGACCCUGACCUGGUCCCCUGCUCGUUGAACAGCACAGCCAUGCUGAUUGUACUGGCUUCUUGUGCUUUGCAGUCCAGUAUCAACUUGCUGAUCGCUUUGGUAGUCAAUAAGCUAGGCCGUCGGAACCUGGUCAUCAUCGGCACUGCCUUCUGCGGCGUCUGCGGCAUCCUGGUCAACCUGGUGCCCAACACGAUAGCCAGCGCGACACUGUACAUACUUUUCUUGCAAGGGUUCCUCGUGGUCGGCCUGUAUACCGCCAUUGGCGUGGCCAUCUUCCCUACGCAUCUCAGAACACUAGCGAUUGCCCUGCCGCUGACUGGCGGGCGCGUGGGUACCGUCAUCUCCAUCCAAGUGCUCAACUAUCUUCGAGACGUGAACUGCGAGGCUGGUUUCUACAUCUUCGCUACCCUCUUCGCCAGUUCAGCAAUAGUAGCAUCGUUCCUCCCGGAUGAUAGACGUCUAAGCGAGGAGAAGACAGAAACAUCCACCAAGUUAUGAUCUUACUAGCUUUCCGCCCGCGGCUUCGCCCGCGUGGAAUUUUGUCUGUCACAGAAAAACUUUAU